AUGUCUUUGGGUGUAGUGGCAUACGCUGUGGAGGAGCCGCCGGGUCCCAGGUGGCAGGGCGCCGGCGAGACGAGCAUCGAGCUGAGCAGCGUGUCCAGACAGGACGUGGGCACGUACCGUUGCCGAGCCGACAAUGGACUCGGCCAGAUCUCGGCCGACAUCCAGCUCGUGGUACGGGACGCUAGGCCAAGCCUGCGAAGCAACGACCUGACGGACCUGGACUUCAUCCUGUCCUGGGACCAGUGUGGCCAGUGGACCUGGCGGCCAGGUUCUGCGAUGACCAUGGGCUACCUCAUCUGGAGUGGAAGGCGACCCCAAGUAGCGAUGCCGUGCCUGAAACAUCGCACUCGCCACGCUGGUUGCGCGAGCACUCAUGGAAUCAACACUUCUCUUCAGACUCUUCAGGAGGCUGCCCGAAAACCGGAAGCUCGCAAGCGGCGGCGAGUCGACCCUCUUCUUCGCAGACGCAACCAAAAGGAAGUCAAGGGAACAAGGCUCGAAUGUGCAGACGCCCUGCUCGCCCCUGCCAUCUCCCUUGCCCUUCCGAUUUCCCUCGAAACCGCCGCCGCAGCCUCUCCUGGAGAAUCAAAACAUAGACUCGGUGACUCCAAGGUUGCACGAAACAGACCCGCUGACGGUGAGGAAAGCCACUUCCGCUUUGCCGAAAACGACAAGUACCGACAAAAAAAAAAGAGAAAAUAUAACGAGCAGCAGAACGGGAGAAGCCGCGUCCCAUCCUAAAGUCGCGCAGUACCA